AUGAUGUAUGAUGGUAUUGUUAAGGAUAAUGAUCCCACCGAAUCUCUAAAUGAUAAUGUUACUGGUUCUACCGGAAAAUCCUAUCUUUCUGCAUUGAUUGAGCUGAUGAUGCGCGAAAUGGAUAUUACAUCUUAUGAUGAUAGAACUUGCCAUAUGCUCGUUGACUUACUACAAAGAGAAUCCUUAUUGUUAUUGAAAGCUUCUGUUGAAAAUAGCGAACGGAGGCUUUCAUCAGAGAGUGAAAAGCUCCUUCUAGGAAAUAGCUCAACCACAAGCUUGACUAAACCUAAUAUGAAGGUCACCGAGGAAGACUCUAUGCUGGUCUGCCAGGAAUAUAUUAAUAACAAUGUAAUACAAUCAGGGAUAACAAGGGACCUUCUUGAUGUUCACAAGUAUGCAAAUAACGUUCGGUUUGCAUCCAAACAAACGAUUGUGGGAAAUAAGACGAGGUCGUAUUCAGCAUAUAGAGGAGAGGAUGAAAUGGGCCAAUUUCCUAGUGGACCGAUUCCACACUUACCGGAUAACCUAUCACUUAACACAUUGCUUCCUCAUUGGGAUAUAACACUCAGGGAAAACAAAUAA